GUCAUUGCGCGGACAUCAUGUGGCUAACACCAGCCCGGCACACACCGUUCACAGGGGACCCUAUAUAAGCUCUGCAGCUGUCAGGUGGAUGACACUAGCUGCUCUGUCUGUGUUAAGGGACGACUCGCUUUAGGGAAUUACAGCUCUAGAUACGCAUACAUCCAAACUAUAACCAUGUCUCACGCUUGGGGAUACGCAGCGAACAACGGACCCGACAAAUGGUGUACAGACUUCCCUAUUGCCGAUGGAGUCCGCCAGUCUCCUAUUGACAUCUUACCUGGUGCAUCAUCAUACGACAAAGCGCUGAAGCCGCUCAAGCUGAAGUACGACCCUUCCAACUGUCUUGAAAUCCUCAACAACGGACAUUCCUUCCAAGUGACCUUCGCAGAUGACACCGACAGCUCAACUCUGAAAGAAGGACCUAUCUCAGGGAUCUACAGGCUCAAGCAGUUUCAUUUCCACUGGGGAGCAUCCGAUGACAAAGGAUCUGAACAUACCGUGGCCGGGACCAAGUAUCCUGCUGAGCUCCAUCUGGUGCACUGGAACACCAAAUACGCUAGUUUUGGUGAGGCUGCUAGCAUGUCUGAUGGGCUCGCUGUUGUUGGAGUAUUCCUGAAGAUUGGAGCUGAAAAUGCCAAUCUCCAGAAGGUUCUUGAAGCCUUUAAAGUCAUCAAGGCCAAAGGCAAGCAGACAACUUUUGCUGACUUCGACCCGUCUACCUUGCUCCCUGGUUGCCUAGACUACUGGACAUAUGACGGCUCCCUGACCACACCCCCUCUGCUGGAGAGUGUUACCUGGAUUGUCUGCAAAGAGCCAAUCAGUGUCAGCUGUGAGCAGAUGGCCAAAUUCCGCGGCCUGCUCUUCUCUGCUGAAGGUGAGGCCGAGUGCUGCAUGGUGGACAACUACCGCCCUCCCCAGCCGCUCAAGGGUCGCUCUGUCCGUGCUUCCUUCCAGUAAUACCCCUUCCCCCUUUUUGCCCUUUCUGCCCUGUUGCUCUCUCCCUUCCCCCUCCCUUUAGUCGGAGUUACCUCUCUUGCAGUGCGCCACAAAGCACACAUAUCUCUCUCCAUCCAAAUUUUUAAAAUAAAUUCAAUUCCUGUUGCCCAUUGCUUUCAACGCUGGGCAGUCUAACUGUGAGAUGAAGCACAUGCAGGAUUUACAUCUCUGUUUGUACGUAUGUAAUGAGCCAGCAAAGAUGCCCUGUCAUAAUUUAUUCUAUAAGACAAACACCUCACAAUGGCUACGACACGUUUACUAGGAUUCAGCAUCUGGUGCCAAUGUUUUCAGAGACAUUACAACGGUGUGUGAAGGUCUGUUUAGUGUCUCAAGCAUGACAAGAAUACAAAAUGAAGAUGAGUUAUAUAGUCAAUAUGAUGCGCUCGAGCCACCAUUAAGCAGACAGCACAAUCUAGUUGCAGUAGGCAGGGGGGAGGAUUAAACUGCAUCACCAUCUGUGAGGAGGGUAAGGUACAGAUCAAAAGAUUCAGACACAUACACUCCCGCUGCCAGUCUGUCUGUAAUCUCUGACCGACUGCCAGCCUCUGCAUCACAACAGCUUAAUGAAAAGCUGCAGCCGCCUCCAUCACAACCGAUUGACUCAGAAAGUCCCCCUCUGGCACACACACACAAACACAACAUGGCACGUACAGUCUCAUGCUGACAUGAUGCCUAUAGGCACUGACCUGCUUAUUGAUUUGAAUUCAGUGUACAGCAACAAAGGACAUACGGACAGGCUGCUGCUAGUGCUAGUUACGGAACAUCAUGACAAUGGCUUAAUUCUCGGUUUUUACAGCCUAAUCUACAAAUCUGUCUUGUGUUUGCCACCCUGUGUUGUGCUGCUAUUAGUAUUAUGGAUUAUGUCUUCUUUUCUUUAGCCUGACAGUUCAUGCAAAAUAAGUCUUAAGUAAAUCCUAAUCUGUGUUUUUGACGCCCUAUAUAGCAAUAGAGAGGAAGGUUCCUCCUUUCCAUAAUUAAAUAUAAUGUGUAAAGAAAAUCCCUUCAUGGGUUGUUUUGAAACCCCAUCGUGUCGAGUGCUAAUGCUGAAAACGCACAGUCGCCUUGUGGGCGAAGCCAUAGUGGCUAAUGCACAAAGCCAAGGAAUAAAUUACCCUGCCAAGGAAGCCAAGGAAGAAAAGAACCUGCCAACAGAUCAGAUUAUAGUGUCAGCCUGGUGUCAGGCCCUGUAUAGGAUAAUAAUUAACAAAAGACCACGAGAGGUCCUAAAGACAUCUGGUCUUAGCCCUAUUCGCAUUUUUUAAAAAGAAGUUUGACAAAAGUGAUGGAUUUCCAGAAAGAUUGCAAUUAACAUAAAAAAUUAAAACGCCUUAUGCCAAUCAAUGCUAGGGCCGUCCCAUGAGUAUGUGGUGUUGUCAUUCUUUUAUGGAAGUAGACGUUUUACUAGUUAAAUAAAUAUAUUUUAUGACUAA